ACAAAAACAAAUAAAAAAAUGAGCUUUCAACGACGCACAUCAGAGAAGACGACGGAGCUGACGGCAUCCGUGCCGGUUAAGCUGCUCACAGCCGGAUCGGCUGCCUGUUUUGCAGACUUCAUAACCUUCCCGUUGGACACGGCCAAAGUGCGACUACAGAUUCAAGGCGAACAGCCGGUUAGAACGGUCGCCAUGGCCCCAGCCCUCAACACAUCUGCCUCACUCAAGCUUAAUCCGAUACCCGUCCCGGCAACACAGCACGUACAGUACCGUGGUCUGGUGGGUACGAUCACGACCAUCACCCGCCAGGAAGGCUUCCGGACACUGUACAACGGGCUGUCGGCUGGCUUACAGCGUCAGCUGUGCUUUUGUUCCAUCCGCCUCGGAUUGUACGAUACCGUGAAAACGUUUUACGGUUCCCUGCUUAAAGAAAACGAAGCUGGUCUUCAAAUUGGAACACGAAUCUUAGCCGGUCUUACUACGGGCGGUGCUGCGGUCAUGAUCGCACAACCGACAGACGUUGUGAAGGUGCGGUUUCAAGCGGCCACACGCUCUUCGACCGGCCGUCGGUAUGCUUCCACCCUGGAAGCGUACCGGACGAUACACCGCGAGGAAGGCGUCCGCGGACUGUGGAGAGGUGCGAUGCCAAACGUGGGUCGUAAUGCGAUCGUCAACGUGGCGGAAAUCGUUUGUUACGACGUGGUAAAGGACUGUCUGCUACUGUACGCACACAUGCCAAACGACAUCCGGUGUCACUUUUCGGCAGCUGUUGUCGCAGGACUUGCCGCAACAAUUGUUGCCUCACCGGUGGAUGUGGUGAAAACGCGAUACAUGAACUCACCCCGUGGCCAGUACCGGGGUGCGAUCGAUUGUGCCAUCCGGAUGGGUGCGAAGGAAGGUAUGGCCGCGUUUUACAAAGGCUUUGUGCCGUCGUUUGCGCGCCUCGUGUCGUGGAAUGUGGUGAUGUGGAUCAGCUACGAGCAGCUGAAGCUGGUCAUCUUUAAACGUAGCGAAAGCUGA